UUUGGGAAGCUGACUUUUAAAAAGCACGGCCAGACCAUGCUAUGACGACUUCCCUGCUCCUGCAUCCACACUGGGCGGAUACCUUAAUGUACGUGUAUGAAACAAGCCCGAAUGAAAAGAAUCACAAGAGCAGCCCAGCCAUGGAAGGACUGAGUGGGAACUGCUCAAGCACUCACUGCAGGGAUUUUAUUUCUCACCCAGCCCUGGGACGCCAUUCCAGCACCAUUGGAACCCACCAAGGACCUGUCUACACGGAUAUAACAUCUCCAGAGGCUGCCAGGCAAUGCCCUGGACCCACUUCUUCAUCCAACGCUUCCCUUGGCUAUGCAUACCCGUUUGGCAGCAGCUACUAUGGCUGCAGGUUGUCUCAAUCCCACAACGUGAAUUUACACCAGAAACCCUGCUCCUACCACCCAACCGAGAAAUACCCAGAGCCCAGCAACUCCCUGCCAAGCGAGGAUUUCUCCAGUAGGGCCAAGGAAUUUGCAUUUUACCCAAGUUUUGCUAGCUCUUACCAGGCAGUACCUGGAUACCUGGACAUGUCAGUAGUACCAGGGAUCAGUAGUCACCCGGAGCCUAGGCAUGACACCCUCAUCUCUAUGGAAGGCUACCAGCACUGGGCUCUCCCCAACGGAUGGGAUGGGCAGGUCUACUGCUCCAAGGAUCAGUCCCAAUCAAGCCAUCUAUGGAAAGCACCUUUUCCAGAUGUUGUCCCCUUGCAGCCAGAGGUUAGCAGCUACCGCAGGGGCAGGAAAAAGAGGGUCCCCUACACAAAAAUCCAACUGAAAGAACUAGAGAAGGAAUAUGCAGCCAGCAAAUUCAUUACCAAAGAGAAGAGGCGAAGGAUUUCUACAGCCACCAGUCUGUCCGAGCGCCAGGUCACAAUAUGGUUCCAGAACCGAAGAGUCAAAGAAAAGAAAGUAAUUACCAAAUGUAAAACCCCCCACCUUCAUAACACCUGACCAGAAGGGGUAACGUAACUAGCCUCCCCACCCCCCGAACAAAGUAUUUAUCUCAUUCCCAUUGUAUAGAACAUGUCUUUGGAAGAACUCUGGAUUAUUUAAUAUAGAAAUGGAACACAAACUGAUUGAGGUGACAGAAUCCAAGGGGACUGAAUCUAUUCAUCACUGUACCCACCCUCUGUACCCCAACUGUGAAUAUUAAGGAGUCCAAUGACUUGCAGGAUCUCCGCAUAUUUAAGAUUUAACAUGACCAGUUGUCUAUUUCCUUGGGAUAUGGUUCUGCCUUUGUCAAAGGCAGCCAUGAUGACAUAAAACAUCUGUUUGUAUCUUCCAUUUUCUGAUGUCAGUAUAAAUUGUUAAAUAUAAGAAUGUAUAUAUGUUCUUAGUCGCAUCUGUAACACACCUGUUUUGCUGACUGCGCUUGAAUUUACAAAAAAGGUUUAAACAAAUUUGCCCAUAUAUGGUUAUACUUGUCACAGAGGAAAAAAAAUCUUGUCCCAGUAAUUUUAACCAAUCGAAAACUAAAAAGAGCCAGAAAUGUAUAGUCAAUUUUCUGGUCAUUGUGUUAUUCACACAAACUACAUAUCAUUUUUUUUAUCUAUAAGGAUUCACAUAAGCCCACAUAGACUGUAUUUCAUUCUCUAUCCAACAAAAUAUAUUAACACUAAAUCAAAUAAUACUUCAUUUUAUUGCAAAAAUAGAAAAACACUCAGAAAAACAAACCUGAUUUGUUUCAUUGUUAAUUAAAAACAAAUAGACAUUAGUAUUAUAUUUUUUUUGCAGUUGCUGAAUCAUAGAGCAGAAAAUAACAUUGUUUUGAUACAUAUAUACAUUUUUGGGACGUUUAUUUUUCAGUCACAUUGAUUGGAAGUUACCAUAUAAUAAUUCUGGCAAAGAAAAUGUGGACAAGGUUAUGCUAAACACAACUGGUUUUUAUUAUUUUGUCGUGUUUAAUGUAUAGUAAGUAUUGUGGUGUCUGAAUAUUAUAUGUAAUAGAAGAAAAAUAAUUUCUUGAAAUAAAUAUCACAUGGCUUGAUGA